GAAGACACUGCAACUCGAUGAAGGGAAAUGUUCAUGAUAAUUGGGACUGAAUAAAAAAAAAAAGGUGUGGGAAAAUAUUCUGAAAGGCUGCACCAUCCUCGCUGCUAAGCAAAUGCAUAGCCUCUGUAUGUUAUCAAGCGGCGACUGAAUGCGGUGUCUUUAAUUGACCAAGGAUUAUACAAUUUUUUUUACAACCUGUGAAGGAUUGCACACAAUUUCGUUAAGACCAACGCUGAUCCCACUCGGUUUCGCAGCGGGAAGCGGGGGGGAUGCGUCGCUCCGAGGAUGCUGGCGCGCAGUCUCCCAUCGUAAAUUCUGGACUUUUGUCGGACGAGAAAAUAAUAGCUUCCACUUCGAUCUGACGCUCGUCAAUAAUUGAAGGACGCGGACUCCUCUGCUGAGCGCGGGCUCGUUAAUUGAUUUCACUCGAUCUCUUCACGCAGACUUCCCCGACCGGGAUGCUGGCGACGAGGGGGCUGUCAGGAGGAAGACGCAACCUGGAAUAACCUCCAUGAUACGAAAGGCUUUUGGCUCGUCGCAAAGCAAGAGGAUUCCUCUCUCUCUCUUCAUGACACCUUUUUUAAUGACAUAGUGCGCCCUUCCCUCACGGUUCGGUUUUGGGACAUCAGCUACAUACGUACAUGGCGUUUGUCUUCAGAAGCUGGAGGCUGUUACUUGUGCUGAACGUGCUGAUGGUGGCCGUCUUCGUGACUUUUUGGGCAAAAUCAAACACGAGCAGCGUCAAGAGAGCCCUGGGGCCGGACCCGUCCGGUGGCGGCGGUGGGGAUGGAGACAGCGGGAAGCAACCCCAGAGCAACGGCACGGCUCUGGGCUCCAGCAUAGCUCACGAGGUGCUGCUGAGGAGGCUCGGCUCGCUGGAGGACGUGGUCUACCGACAGCUGAACGGUCUGUCCAAGUCUCUGGGUCUCAUCGAAGGCUUCGGAGGUCGAGGUAGAGGGGGUCUCCCCGCCACUCUGGCUCCAGCCGAGGAGAACGAAGCCAAACACCUGAGAGAGAAGUACGGCUACAACGCCUACCUCAGCGAUACCAUCUCCCUGGACCGGAGCAUCCCGGACCACCGUCCCGGCAAGUGCCGGAAGACCAGCUACCCCAGAGAGCUUCCUCAGAUGUCCCUCAUCUUCAUCUUUGUGAACGAGGCACUGUCCGUCAUCCUGCGCUCCGUGCACUCGGCUGUCAAUCACACUCCGGCCCACCUGCUGAAGGAGAUCAUCCUGGUGGACGACAACAGUGACGACGAGCAGCUCAAGGGCCCGCUGGAGGAGUACGUGAACAAGCGGUACCCCGGGCUGGUGAAGAUCGUGAGGAACCAUCAGCGCGAGGGUCUGAUCCGCGCGCGCAUCGAGGGCUGGAAGGCGGCCACCGCCGAGAUCACCGGCUUCUUUGACGCACACGUGGAGUUCACCCCUUCCUGGGCGGAGCCGGUGCUGGCCCGUAUCAAGGAGGACCGCCGGAGGAUCAUCCUGCCCUCCAUCGACAACAUCCGACACGACACCUUUGAGCUGGAGCGCUACGAGAACUCGGCCCACGGGUACAACUGGGAGCUGUGGUGCAUGUACAUCAACCCCCCCAAGCAGUGGUGGGACGAGGGGGACACCUCCGCACCAAUCAGGACUCCAGCCAUGAUCGGCUGCUCCUUCGUGGUGCAGCGGGCCUACUUUGGAGAACUGGGUCUGUUGGACCCGGGUAUGGACGUCUACGGAGGGGAGAAUAUUGAGCUGGGGAUCAAGGUGUGGAUGUGCGGGGGUAGCAUGGAGGUGCUGCCUUGCUCAAGGGUGGCUCACAUUGCCCGCCUGAAGAAGCCGUACGUCAGCAACAUAGCGUUCCACACGCGCCGCAACGCCCUGCGAGUGGCCGAGGUCUGGAUGGACGAGUUCAAGACCAACGUCUACCAGGCCUGGAACAUCCCCAUGGAGAACCACGGCGUCGACUACGGGGACGUCUCAGAGAGGCGGGCGCUGAGGAAGAACCUGCAGUGCAAGAACUUUGAGUGGUACCUGGACAACGUGUACCCGGAAAUGAGGAGAUACAACAACACCAUCCACUACGGAGAGAUCCGUAACUCCAAGGCCAGCCACCUGUGCAUGGACCAGGGAGAGAGGGACAACCACACGGCUACCCUGCACCCGUGCCAUGGCUGGGGCCCGCAGUUAGGGCGCUACACGGCGGACGGCCAGCUGUACCUGGGGCCCCUGGGCAGUACGGGGGAGGACACGAGGUGCCUGGUGGACGACCAGAUCAGCCACCUGCCGCAGCUGCGCGACUGUGAAAAGGUCUCCAAUGUGAGGCAGAAGACGUGGCUGUUCUCCCAGAACGAGUCCAUGGAGAACGGUGCGUCGGGCCGAUGCCUGGAGGUGGUUCCAGCCAACGUGAACUUUGGGCAACUGCUGGUCCUGCAGCCGUGCACUGGCCAGAAGUGGACCAUCAAGAACACCAUCAGACAGCAACUAUUGACCUAGCUGGUCAACCCGGCCCCAACACACACACACACACACGCACACAC